AUGUUAUUGUUCAUGUUCUUAUUUGAGUUAUACAUUAUUCAGGAUCAUGUUACGCAGCUUCAUGUUGAUAUCGCUGUAGUUUCGUUUAUUGAACAAUAUAGUUUCUGUUAUGAUGUUGACCAUUCGAUUGCUGUUGAUGGUACAUCUGACCAUGUUAUUGUUGAAGAGUUAGCUAUUCCAGAUAAUGAAGAAUUGUUGAGACUUUCUGUUGGAUCAAUAGAAGAUGCAUUUGGUAUAUACAAUGAUUAUGCAUUUCGUAUGGGAUUUAGUGCUAAAAAGGGCAAACAAUAUUAUGUUACUGAUUCAAAUGGGAAUUGGGUCAUUACUAAACAUGUGAAGGAGCAUAAACAUGUCCUGUGUCCGACUUCAUCAAGUUAUAUGCUUAGGUCGCAUAGGAAAGUGUCUGAGAAUCAGCUGACAUGUUUAAAAAACAUGAAGAGGAGUGGGGUCCCCUUAUCGGAUGGUAUUCGCUUCUUAAAACGUCAGUCAGGAGGGUCAUCGUUUGUUGGAUUUACUCCUAGGGAUGCGUAUAACAUGAUAUCUUCAGAUUCGGCAAAGCAUUUAGAUGGCACUGAUUCUAAUAGUUUGAUUGAGAUAUUUAGAAGGAGACAAAUGGAUGAAUCUGAUUUCUAUUUUGAAUUUGAACUUGAUGAGGAUGCAAUGCUGUGUAACUUUUUCUGGAGGGAUGGUCAAAGGAAGGCUGAUUAUGACUUGUUUGGUGAUUUAGUUGUACAUGAUACAACAUACCGUACAAAUAGGUAUGAUAUGAUAUGUGCCCCUUUUGUAGGCAUGAAUCAUCAUUGCAUGAAUGUGAUGUUUGGUUGUGGGUUUUUACUCAAUGAGAGGAUAGAGUCGUUUGUUUGGUUGUUCAAAGUAUUUGUACGAUCAAUGGGUGGUAAGCAUCCUCAAACAAUAAUGACUGAUCAGUGUGCUGCCAUGGCUGCUGCAAUCGCACAAGUAUUUUCGAAUUCAAAUCAUAGACUUUGUAUAUGGCACAUCGGGGAGAAUUCGAAGAAGCACAUAAAAAGUCUGAGAAAUAAAAAGGGUUUCUUAGAGCUUUUAAAUUUUCUGUUGAAGUACACUGACACCGAAGCUGAAUUUGAAUUUUAUUGGACCAGGAUGAUGACAGAAUAUGGGUGCCAUAAAAAUGUGUGGUUAAAUAAGCUAUAUUCUAUUAGGGAGAAAUGGUGUCCUGCAUUUAGUAAAGAAUAUUUCUCUGGUGUUUCUGAGUGGAGAAGUAGGGAAAACGGUGAAAACGUGCGUUGUUCACAAGGGUUGGCACCUAUGGCGAUGAAUCAUGUGAAGCUCCUUUCACAUGCUAGAGACAUAUACACUAUUGAGAUAUAUUAUCUUUUAGAGGAACAGUUUGUGAAAGGGACUUCAUGCCAUCAAGAAUCUGUGGGGGGAAGUGGUAAUGAGAUAAAGUAUCAUGUGUGGCGUCCUGAUGUUGAUCUCAUUCGUCAUGAAGUGUGUUUCAAAGUGAAUGAUUUGGAUAUAUCUUGUAGCUGCAUGUUGUUUUCAGAGAUGGGUAUUUUAUGCUCCCAUUCUUUACGCAUUUUUAAUGUCCACUGUGUUGCAGCAAUACCGGAUAAGGCUCGGGAAGUGUGUGAAAAUGCUUUUAAGGAUGCUAGAAGGAAGGUUGAAGGUGAUAUUGGUCUUAUUGUCAUUGAAGAUGGUGAACAACGGACAUCUGGUGUAAUUCAAAAUCUAGCACGUAAUAGGGCGAAAGGUGAACGCAAUAGGAGACAUAUUAGCACAAUCGGAAAAAAGUAUAACCAAGUGAGAGGGCGGAAGUUGGGUGUCAAGGUUGCUGAAAUGAAUACAAAGGCUGCAGUGCAGGCAUCUGUUGAAGGAGUUGUUGCUAAUAUUGUUGGCAGUGGUUAUUUUGUUCAUCCUUCUAGCGGCAGUCAUGAGUUAGGUUUGGUUAAACCUAGUUGA